AUGGCUAGUUUUGAUAUUCCAACUAUUGAAGUUUCUCCAUUUUUUAGAUUAGAGGAAAAUAUUGAAGAAGGGAAAAAGAAGGUUAUUGUGCAAAUUAGAGAAGCUUGUGUUAACUAUGAAAAUUUGCAAGAAUGUUCUCUGUUUGAUAUUCUUAGGCAAGUAUUGGAGGCGAUUGUUUCUCAUUUCACAAAAUUAGAAGUUGUGUUGGAAGGAAUCAUAAAUGAGUGUCUUGGCCUCCCUCCUGACUUCCUACCAAACUAUAGAAAUGAUCGUUCUCGGGAUUCAUUGCUCGGUCUCCACUACUUUCCAGCGAUAGAAGAUGAUGACAACACGGCAAAAACUGCACAUGAAGAUCCUGGCUGCUUCACUAUUCUCUACCAGGAUGAAGUUAGAGGCCUUGAGGUGCACAAAGAUGACCAAUGGAUUCCCAUAGCGCCUUCCAAAGACAAACUUAUUGUUAACAUCGGUGAUGUGAUUCAGGUGCUAAGCAACAAUAAAUUCAAGAGUACAACUCACAGAGUGGUGAGACCAAGUGAAACAAACCGUUACUCGUACUCUUUCUUCUAUAAUGUGCAUGGAGACAAGUGGGUUGAGCCAUUACCACAAUUUACAAAGGAAAUUGGAGAGUCGCCCAAGUACAGAGGAUUCCUGUUUGAAGAAUAUCAUCAGUUGAGAUUCAGAAACAGGAGUCAUCCAUCAGCUAGACCUGAAGAUCUCAUCCAUAUAACACACUACUCAAUUUCUAAUUAGAGGACAAGUUUUAUCUAAUGAAAAGUUCUCUCUAUAUGGAAAGAAACAUACCAAUAAUAUGUAUUACGUCACUCCUAAUAUGUAUGUCGAAGUGUGUGACCACCUCAUUUAUAAUUUAAAUGAGCACAUGACAUUUAUUUUCUAAAUUAUGUUAAACACGUCUUUCACCGUACAAGUCUGAUUCAUUGAAGAGGAAUCUUCAAUUUAUAUCUA